AGAAUAUCACAGGAACUGAAUACACCGUAACAUCGGGUGGACUAAAUUGCUCACGACAAAGCCAUUCACUUAUUUAGUUUAUCUGCAGCACGGCAGUAACUCCAAAACAAUCUGUUCCUAUAGCGGAAUAUUGCGAAAACGGCUCAAAGAUUCGACUCGACAAUUUGCCUGGUGUGGGUUAGUCUGGAACAAUGCAUUCGGGUAGUUUGGAAAGAGCGGCUUCGCUAAGGAAACGGGCACUUUCUCGGGGAAUGAGCGAAGACGAGUCUCUGCGACUUAUUGCCAGAGAGAUAAAUCUGCGAGUGAGCUAUGAGGACUGUUUUCAGGAAGUGAGAGCUCUGGAGCUCCAGCAGGAAGCUCUGAUGUUCCAGGUGGACUGUCUUCAAGAUGCUCUCGAGGGCUCGGAGGAGAUGCUUGCUGAAGCCCAGAGAGAGACUCAUAAUGUUACCCUGGAACUGGAGCGAGAGCGAGAGGCAAGGAGGAAGUUGGAGAGCAUGGUUACAUCAUUAAUGCUGGAGAGAGACAAGUUACAAGAGGAAAGGAAUUCAGUUCCCAUCAUUGCACUGAAUAACCUCAUGGGAGACCCAACACAUGGAGUGCAAAAUUGUUUACAAGACACAGACAAUUCUACUGUCAUCUCAGGCACUUCAGUAGAUGAGGUUUUAUCCAAGGAAGGGAUGAUCACUGUGCACUUGAUUUCAAAAUGUCCAGCCUCUACAGAAGAACCAGUUUUGAGUUUUUCUAAAGCAGCUUUAGGCUCUCUCUUUAAGAGUGGAAAAACUGGUCAAACAAUACAUGCUGGGCCCAUCUGGCUUCAAGGUGCUCCAGAAGGAACAUCAGUGGACCAAGAAGCAAAGUCACUCUCAGAUACCCAAGCAUUUAGUCAGUCAGUGCAUUUUAAUAAAAAGCGUGAAGCUCAGGAUGGAUAUGACAAUGAUGAAAGUAAUGGCUAUGAAGAUGCUCCAUCUGAGUUCUCGCCUAGUCUUACGACUCCAGAUGUGCUGCCAGAUGGAGGUCUACUGGAAGUUGAAAUUUAUGGAGAUGAUGUGAAGAAUACCAGUGAGUCUAGGAUCCCUAAAAGUGCAGAAUCAUGUGCUCUCUCUUAAGAGCUUUAUGACAUGCAGGGUUCCCAGGGUUUAUAUGGAAAUAUUAGGGAAUUUUAAAACUGAAAUUAAUAAAAUCCUAAAAGUUAUGGAAAUUUCUAUAGUCAAUAUACAUUUUCAAGUUUUGCUCUGCUCAAAAAUAUUUAAUCGGCUAGAUUUUGCUCUUGGGUAAAGUCAAAUUUCGGAAGCCAAAGUGGUGUUUUACUUAUGAGUGAAUCCGUUCUUUAAAUCUGAUCUUUCAUUUAAUCUGUCAAACUAUUUUUUAAAUUGGUUUGAAUGAAUGAAUCUGCCUGAAUUUUAAGUAUUUUUAUUCUUUAAAUCCUUAUCUGCUAAUCACAAACAUCAGGAAAUGUCUUGGAAAUGUAUUGGUCAAAAAGUGUGGGAACCCUGCACUGUCAUUUAUAAAAAGAGUCGGCCAAUAGCAACUAGUUCUCACAAACCUUGUUUUACAAUUUUGUCUAAGCAUCUUUAGCCCAGACUCGAGUCACCUUCACUGAAACGGCUUUUGUACUAACACUUUUAACUGAAGACUACUUCAUCAGUUACUUGUCAUUCAACACAAUUACUUUUGUAAAAGAAGUGAUCUGCACUAUUUUUUUUUUUUGUUAUUUUUAGCUAAUUUGUGUUGGACUUCACUUUGAAAUGAAACAUGAGCAGACUUCAACAGUCUUAUGUCCGACUGUACAAGAUACUGAACUGCAAUAGUUUUAGGCUGUUCUGAAGUGUCAUAGUGAGGAAUUCUUUCAAAAUAAUGCCAUGAGUCAUUUUUAUUUAACAAUUAACUUCAUACAAAGUGCAGUAAACAUAAAAUAAAAAAAAAAAAAAAUCAAUAUUUGAUGUGACCAACCUAUGCCUUUAAAGCUGUGUCAGUUUCCCUAGGUUUUUCAGGGUUGUUGGAAUAUAGGUUGUUCCAAGCAUUUUAGAGAACUUGCCACAGUUUUAUGUAUUUAAGCUGUCUCAAUUGCAUCUGUCUCUUCAUGAAAUCCCAGACUGGCUUGAUGUUGAUUUUUCGGGCUAUCUGUUGUAGGACUCCAUUUUGUACUUGUAUUCUAUUUACGAAAUACAUUCUUGAAAAUCUAAAAUUGGCAUUUCCUAUUUACACACUAAAGCAGAAUAUAAAAAGAUAUUAAGACAAAUCUUUUUGUGAAACAUCUGAUGUGUGUAAGACUUUUGCACAGUACUGUAUAUUUUAGGUCUUUGGUUACAACAGUGAUCUGUACUGAAAUUUGUCACAUUUUUACACCCUAAUUGACGGCAUAAAACCUGUGCCAAGUCAAAUAUGCGGAUCAUGGAUACCCCUAAUGGGAGCAGCUGAAAGAAGAGGAAUGUUAAUUCAUCAAAAUACAAAAGUUCAUUCCUUACUCAUGUUAAGUUAAUAUUGCAUUAACUGGUAAUGUAUAUCUUUAAAUGUUUUAUAUAUAUAUAUUAGUAUAUGUAGAAAUUAACAUUAACCAAGAUUAUUAUAUGGCUCUCUGGUAAACUCUAUUCUGAUUGGUCAGUCACGCUGCCAUCUAGAUAUCUGAUAUUUCUGAAUAGUGCUUAACAGUAACAUUUUCAACUGAAUGUCUAUUUCUCAAUUAAAUGCAUCAUCAGUUGCUGUGCAAUUAUUCUUUUUUC